AUGAUGCAGAGGGCAGGGAAGGCCCGACCUUACACUAAAGCCCUGGACGGAGGUUGGGGAUGGAUGAUUGUAUUUCAUUUCUUCCUGGUAAACAUGUUUGUGAUGGGGAUGGUCAAGACGUUUGCAAUUUUCUUUGUGGUUUUCCAAGAAGAAUUUGAAAGCACCUCAGAGCAAACUGGUUGGAUUGGAUCCAUCAUGUCAUCACUUCGUUUUUCUGCAGGUCCCCUGGUUGCCAUUACUUGUGACAUAAUUGGAGAGAAGACUGCCUCCAUUCUUGGGGUUUUCCUUGUUACUGGUGGAUAUCUGAUCAGCAGCUGGGCUACUAACAUUCCCUUUCUUUGUGUGACUAUGGGACUUUUACCUGGUUUGGGUUCUGCUUUCUUGUACCAAGCAGCUGCUGUGGUAACUAUCAAAUACUUCGAGAAACGAUUAGCUCUUUCUACAGCUAUUGCCCGUUCUGGGAUGGGACUGACGUUUCUAAUAGCACCUUUCACAAAAGUCCUGAUAGAUCUAUAUGACUGGACAGGUGCUCUUAUACUACUUGCAGGGAUCACACUGAAUUUGGUGCCUUCCAGCAUGCUCCUAAGACCCAUCCAUAUCAAAAGCAAGAACAAUUCUGAUACUAAAAAUAAAGGCAGCAGCUUAGCUGCAAGUAAUCCAGGGGCAGUGGGUGCGACAGAAACGUCAUCCUGCAAUGAGACACAAGAAGCCACCAUCAGGGACAGUGCUCUGCAAAAGGCCGGACAACCUCGUACAAGUUUAACAGUCUCACAAAACAGAGAGUUCAACAACGAGCCUAAUGGGGACAGUUAUGAGAAAGAGGCUAUUUCAUGGAGCUGUAAACAAAAACUCUGUGACCUCUCCCUUUUAAAAAAUCCUUUCUUCUACAUAUUUACCUGGUCUUUUCUCCUCAGUCAGUUGGCAUAUUUCAUCCCUACUUUUCACCUGGUGGCCAGAGCCAGAACACUGGGGAUUGACAUCAUGGAUGCCUCCUUCCUCGUUUCUGUAGCUGGUAUCACUGAGGCAGUCAGUCAGAUCAUCUCUGGAUGGGUUGCUGAUCAAAACUGGAUCAAGAAGUAUCAUUACCACAAGUCUUACCUCAUCCUCUGCGGCAUCACUAACCUCCUUGCUCCUCUGGCGACCACAUUUCCAUUACUUAUGACCUAUACCAUCUUCUUUGCCAUUUUCGCUGGUGGUUACCUGGCAAUGAUACUUCCUGUACUGGUUGAUCUGUCUGGGAAUUCUAGAGUACACAGGUUCUUGGGACUUGCCGGUUUCUUUGCUGGGAUGGCUGUCCUUUCUGGACCACCUAUAGCAGGCUGGUUAUAUGAUCACACCCGGACAUACACUGGCUCCUUCUACUUCUCUGGCAUAUGCUUUCUCCUCUCUUCAGUUUCCCUGUUCUUUGUACCGCUGGCUGAGAGAUGGAAAAACAGAGCCUGACCAGAAAGGAAAAGGACUGCAAUCAAGCAAGAGCUUAACAAAACACAAUCUAAACUAAGAAGUCACUGGAAACAAAAGCUUGGAAGAAACUCGUUUCCUCAUUUGUAAAAUGAGAAGGCAAACCAGAUAAUUUUUAAGGUUCCUGUUUGCUUUUGCAUUCUGAGGAAUGUCUAAUUAAUAGUGAGAGAAGAGUAACAGCAACUUAAACUAAGCCGUUUGUUAGUAUUUAAUCAAACAGACUAAAAUCUUCAUCAGUCAAAACAACUACCUUAGGUAUUAAGUAAAAAUCCGAAUAAUAAAUUAUUACUUAAUAAUAAAUUGAC